GUUCAAUGGCCGACGGUCAUCACAUGACAACACGGGUCGUCGUCGUUUUUUGCCUUCACACUUUCGUUUCGCCGUCUGGUUAAAUAUCCACCGUCGGCGAGGAUCGGUUUAUUCGGUAUAUUCCAAAGUGACGACCGAAUAAGACGAUCGACCAUCGACGAGAUUAGUACCAAGCUCGAUUCAAUACGAGGGUGUUUUCUAUCGGGUAGAACGAGGUAACGAGACCAAAGAUGAGGGCGUAUUUGGGAUACACGUUCGCUGGCACCGCCACGGCAACCAUCACCGUCUUAGUUUUGUAUCACGUAUUGACUGGCAAGGGAGAGCGAAUCAGUCUAGCAUGGUUCCUUGAAGAAACCUCCCCAUACAUGUGGGCAACCACUGGCAUUGGUUUGACUGUUGCUCUGUCCGUCGUAGGAGCUGCAAUGGGGAUUCAUACCACCGGAACAUCAAUAGUCGGUGGUGGUGUUAAGGCUCCGCGUAUAAAGACGAAAAACUUGAUUUCUGUCAUAUUCUGUGAGGCUGUGGCUAUCUAUGGUCUAAUCACUGCCAUUGUAUUAUCUAACUCCGUCGAGGAAUUUGCUGUUGAAAACAUGGAAGAUUCUCGCAAAGCCAGUAACUGGCUGGCUGGGUACAUAAUGUUUGGAUCUGGCCUUGCUGUGGGGCUUGUAAAUCUGGUCUGCGGUAUAGCCGUCGGCAUUGUAGGUUCAGGAGCGGCUCUUUCAGAUGCCGCAAAUGCCUCCCUCUUCGUCAAGAUCCUCAUCAUUGAGAUUUUCGGUUCUGCUAUCGGUCUCUUUGGUUUGAUUGUCGGUAUUUACAUGACGUCAAAGAUUACGAUGGGGUAAUUCUAAAUGCAGAUGUAACAUAUGCCAAAGGUCUUCAACACGGCCACAUGUGGCGUAUAAACGAUAUCAGCAAUUAUGUAUAUACAAAUAUGUGUAUAAAAACGUAUAUAUUACUCAUAUGCAUACACAAACCCAUGAAAUACGUCUCAAUAUAACUUUCAAAUGAAUAUUGUCAUCUUAAACGGAUUUUUAAAGUUGCAACCGUAAACUAAACGCAAAGUUAUCCUCGUGUUAGCUAUAGACUUCGUUUUUAUUUAUUAAACACGGUUUCAAAGUUCACAAUACAGUCGUAAAAACAUGUCUGCAGUUCUGUAUUCGUUUCAAUUUUCUUGGACUUUGUUACUUAUCUCGGUGUAUUAUAUUUGAUAUAAUAGGAAGGUAUUAAACGUUACUCGGUUUUAAAAUACGCUCCCAUUUUAGAACUGACUAACGUAUCUCUUCACUGUACACUUCGUUAAUAAUAAUUAUUAUUAAAAAAAAAAAACAAAUAUAUAUAUAUAUAACGUUAGAUGGUUUUGUCGCGUUUUAGUCAAUUUUCGUAAUGUAAAUAUCUAUGCUUUUUCUGAUUUAUCGUAAUUAAAUACCGCGAUUGAUAGGUGCCGCCGCAUUAUAGUAAUUGUAAAUGAAUUUGAAAAAAUUCAAUCAUGCCCCAGUAACUAUUAUUAAUAAUAUUUUUAAUUUAUUAUCAUUUUUAGUUGGUGCCGGACUUUGAUUACUUCUUAUUUUUGUGUAUGUAAAUUUAUUUUUUUCGAUUCCGUUUCUUUGCUAUUUCAUAGCUCCUCCGUUACGUGUAAAUUCAAUUAGCCAGUAAGGAAAGUUACGUAAAGUAUUAUCUGGUAUCAUCUAUAGAGUCUAUUUAUUACCUAAUAAAAUGCAGUGGACCGUAGUGUAAAGAAUGUUAGAUGGAGCUUAGGAAGGUAUGAUGAAUAAAUCGUAUCGUUAGGAAUUAAAUAAUAAAACAACUAAAAUAAGA